AUGUUUAUUGAUAAAUUGUUGUUUUGUUCCAGCCACGUGACGCGGACAGCGAGCUGGCUUCCACCAGCGGAGAGCUGGUCAUCCUCGAGAGAGGGAAGCGCCAGCAGCCAGACCGAAGAGGAAGAGGAACUGCCCUACGGGUGGGAGCAGGCCCUGGACAACCAUGGGAAACCUUACUACAUCAAUCACCUGAACAAGACUACUACGUACGUAGCGCCGGAGGGGUGGUCCUGCGAGUCGCCGCCGGCGCCGAGGGACGUGGUGCUCGAGCGGGACCCGGAGCUGGGCUUCGGCUUCGUCGCCGGCUCCGAGAGGCCGGUGCUCGUCCGGUUCGUUACGGACAACUCGCCUAGCGUUGGAAAGUUGGAGCCAGGUGACCAAAUCCUCGCGGUGAAUGGCGAAGAUGUGAGCAACGCGGCGCGCGAGCACGUAAUAUGCGCAGUACGCGCUUGUUCAGAACGCGUAACUUUGCGCGUUUGUCAACCAGCGCGUACUGGAAGUGGAAAUGCUCGACGAUCUGCGCUUCUUUCUGCCGCUAAACGCGCAAGGUUGCGAGCGAGACCGCCGCGAGUGCGAUUCGCUGACUCUGUCCAACUCAAUGGCGCUCCUAUGUAUCCUCCAUCCGCCUUCAGUCUCGGCGACCUGUGUCUUCCGCCGAUGGCGAACGUUCUCAAAGUGUUCCUUGAGAAUGGACAAACCAAGUCGUUUAAAUACGACACGACGACCACGGUAGCCGACGUGGUCACCAGCUUGAAGGAGAAGCUGUGCAUCACGGCAAUAGAGCACUUCAGCCUGGUGGUGGAACAUGUCAAGAGCUUGAGGAGAAACAAACUUACGCUUCUGGAUCCGAGGGAAUCCUUGGCGCGGAUAGCAGCACGGCCAGGCUCGCACAAGAUGCGUUGCUUAUUCCGCGCCGCCUUCAUGCCUUCAUGCGCGCGCGCUUUGGCCCGUCGCGAUACCGCCGCCCUAGAAUACCUGUACACUCAGUGCUGCAACGAUGUCGCGCAAGAACGAUUUGCGCCAGAACUGCAGCCCGAUGUUGCGCUGCGACUCGCCGCGUUACACAUCCAUCAACACGCCCUCGACAACAACCUCGCGCCCGCCAGGCUCACCAUCAAGGCUGCGGAGGAAUUCGGUUUAGAGCGGUUCGUGCCGAGCGGUUUGCUGGAAAGCAUGAAGCGGAAAGAGCUGCGAAGACUGCUGGCGCACUUUCUGAAACUAAACACGCAGACGACGGCUGGACAAGGACCGCUUACACAACUCCAGGCAAAGUUACAAUACCUUGAUAUAGUAGCCAGCCUGCCCAGCUACGGCGCCAAGUGUUUCAGCAGCAGUCGGCCAGAGAGGGUCUUACUCGUGUCGCCGCGCUUCGGGAUCAGCCACAUAGUCGGCAGAAGUAAUUCUGUGCCUCAGCCACUGGCGUCGCUGGAGGAGGUGGAAGGCAUCAGAGUGGUGGCUGCAGACGGAUCUGGCGGGGCUGAAGUAUGCGUGUUCCUGCAACGAGAGCGGGUGCUGGCGUUACUCAUGGACGAACGGGAUGCUGCGGAGAUGCCGCUCGUCAUAGCCGGCUACUAUCGUUUGGCUACCGGUAAAGAGCUGAGUGUGGAGCUGGAAAGAGAGCCCAUUACCGAAGAUAUAGCUCCACCGUAUCUGUCUCAGCAUAACGUGGUGCCAGCGAAAUGGAGCUAUUUACAUUCCGACGAUCCCCAAAUUCUUUCUAAAAAGCACUUCGCCAUCUUCAGUAUGCCGCCGCCCUACCAUUCCACAGCGGACAAAUCCGACGUAGACACAAACAUGAACACAACAAUCGCCAACAGGAACGGUAGCGCCAACUCCAGCCCAAUCAUUGGCUACGACUCGAAAUCAGGCUUACUAGGUCACGAUAUCCAUUUCGACAAAUGUAAGCGAACUGACGAGUUCAGAUUGUUCGACGCCAAUGAUUCCUGCUACUUGGAUGACGGCAUGGGUUUCGACCUUCAAAGCGUUCUAUCCAUGGAACUCUUAGAGAAUGCAACCAAUAACCCGAGACUAGUUGAGGCUAAAAACGAGGAAGUACUGAGGAGAGUUGCGGAAAUGCAGAAACUUGUAGAGAAUUCCGAACAAUAUUUGACUGAAAAUUGUGAUGUUUACAAUGACGAUAUCUAUAACGAUGGAGUUUUAAGGGACGAACUAGUUGGUAAAGAAACGUGUGUAGAUAAUGUAGAAAGUGAUACGGAAUCUAAUAAUAGUAGAAUGUCGGCCGCCGACGAGGCACCUGGUAUUCUAAAGCACAGUGACUCUUUGUUACUGUUAACUGAAACUAUUAAUCAAGGGUUAAGCGUGUUGACUGUACCGGAAACUGUAAAGGACAAUAACAGUAUGAGUUUAACCAAUCGGCAAUCACAAGGUCUCAGUGCUAUUUUAAAUAAUUGUGGUCUAACUGACGCUUUAUUAGCUUUAAACAGUGAUCUCGGUCAUUCCGAAAGUGAUAAUGACUCCCUUUAUACACCAACUAAUAGUCCUAUCCGUAAAUAUCAGAAUAAGACUACCAAUAAUAAAAUUGUAAGAACUAGUUUUGGCUUGCAUAGCCCAGAUGCGUUACAAGACAAUAAGGAACCAAAUCUAAAGGAAUAUUUAAAGCAGCUAAAAGAAAAAAGUAGUCAGGAAGAGGCGAGAGCAGCAGAAGUUCCUUUUUUUUAUCAAGAAACUAUUGUGGAUACUGACGCUGAACUCAUAGACUUAACACUCAUACCACCUCCUCAAACUCCCGAUGAACUAGAUUGUGCUACACAAGUGCCUCAAAUUUUGCCUGUUGUACCACCCUCUUUUGCUGAUGAGAAAGAAAAUGUACAAAUUGGUAAAACGAACACACCGAAAUCUAAUGAACUGGAGGAAUUUAUAGCUAACGUUACAAUACAACCGCCAACCGUAAAAGUCACACCUGCCAUAGAAUUGACUCCAGAGGAAAUAUUGUCUUAUAUCAUUCCCCCACCGCCUGGAUCGAAUUCAUCAACAUUAGAUAGAGACCACGUUAGUUAUGUGAAUCAAGCACAGUUGCUCGAAGCGAAAAAUGCUCAAAACUCAAAUUGCGAUGUUAAACAAAGUAAUGGAGAAGUAGUGAAAGGCACACUGAGUGUUAGUGAGAUUAGAAAUAUGUUCACUGCGAAGAGUUUAAGUGAUGCUAGGAAUAGUCUCUUACUGAAAGAUAAAAGCAAAACGCAGUCUCAAAAUAAAUCUGAAUCUCCAAAGGGCAAACGAAAAAGCAUAUCAGGGGAUAAACAAUCUAAUGGCACUGCACAUGUCAUAGAAUAUCCUACUGUCGAAAGGAAAGGAAUGUUCUCCUGUUGCAGUAAAGAUAAGAAUAAAAGCGACGAUAGUUGUGAUGAAUCUGAGAAAACUGAAGUACAUAAAGAAAAUUCUGACUCGAUGCCCGACGUAUGCGAAAUAAGGCCACCACCUCGAAGAAAAAGUUCGGAAAUACGAAAACCUCCAGAAAGGCCCCCGAAAACGCCUCCCAUACCGGCACCUAGGCCACGGUCUAACUCAUUCACUUGUAUGAAUAACGAAUUGACCGUAGUGGAAAUACCUAAUAGCCAAUUCAACACUUUGAACAACAGGAAACUAAAUUACAAAGUAGUUUGUGAUAUUAACGAGCAGGUAUCGGGAAGUCCUCCGCAACUGCCGCCAAGAAUAGAAAACAAAGUUUUAGCUCCCCCACCGCCUUUAUUGCUGCCUCCAAAGAAGCCUCCUCUACCUCCAGUACCAAGCGUGGAGGUUCUACGGCUGAAAAAUGCACAGAAACAGUCCCCAUUGAGAAACCCGGAGCAGCGAUUAGCCAGCAUUGGCUCCCCUCAUUUCCAAAGGAACUUAAACACCUAUCGAAACCUUGAAAACGAGCACAGAAUAACAGACGAUGAGUCUACAAACAUCAGAUCUUCUCAGAACUACAGUUCCAUGACUUUGCAAAGCCGUCACGUGCGAUCGCAUUCGGAGACCAAAAGCACAAUUUUAAAGAACAAGGAAAUGGCAGCUUUAUCUUUAUGUUCUCCGCAAAUGAACAGGAGAUUCAGCAACCGUCCUGAUAUAUUGAACGGUGCUCCGACUAACGAGAAAGUGUUUAGUCCUCCGCUGUCUGAGAGAAAGGCUUUUCGCGUGGACAGUUCUAGUCCGACGCCUAAAGUGCAGAAUCACGUUCGAUUUAAAGACGAUGUUGUGGACGAUAUUCCUACUCCGCCGUCGCCGCCGAGUGUUAAGUUCCCAGAGCUUCAGGCGGGGAACAAUGGACACGUGUCGGUGGAAAGUCUUCUAUGUAAGACGGAGGUUGCAGUAGACGGAUUAUUGCAGCGAUUGCACGGUGCUGCGCAGAAGUGCUCCCAUCAGCAUGCUCAUGGAGGCGGCGAGGAUAUCGACGAGAUCAAGUUCCAGCGCGCCCGCAGUGAGUUGACAUCGUGUGCAGUUUCUCUAGUGGGAACAUCGCGGUCUUUAGUAGGAGCGUUGGGGGCAGCGGGGUCCGGCGCGGGGGCGGGGGCGGGGGCGGCGCUAGCGGACUGUCUAGCUCCGUUGAGAAGACUGACAGACUUGGCGCAGGCUCUCGUCAGACACACAUCGGCACCCCUGCAAACCAGAAAUCUGGUUUUACGCGUACACGACGUCACCGCAGCCUUCAAAGAGCUAGCUGGUGCCGAAAUGGCACAGAUUAUACAUGAGCACAACUCCAAGAAGGCCCAGGACCAAGGCCAAGAAAACUCCACGCUGGAAGGACAACUCGCUUUAAGAGCGGAAUGCUUAGCCAACGUACUGGCAACAUUGCUCAGAAGCCUUCGCGUUUUUUCACCAUAAAAAAUCAAUGACCUUAGCUAAAAUUGCUCUUUUGCAGGCUACAUUUAUAAGCUAUGGGCUUUAUUGUUGCCUGAACGAACAAUAUAAAUAAUAAAAACACAUUUUCACCCAACAAAACGAGCUAUGCAACCGCAAAGUAGUGUAAAAAAUAUAAAUUACAUAUUAAUAUAAUAAAUGAACUUUUCAUGAUUAUUAUUAUUAAGAAAUUUUGUUGAAAAUUUGUAACCGUUACUAAAAUGAGACCAAAUAAAAUUAGGUAUGUUUGUAUAAUUGUAUUGUAGUUGGCAACACUUUGUGUUACGAUAUAAUUUAAGUUAUAGUUGUGUAAAUUUUAACAUGCGUUAAUGUUUAAAUCUGUUGUUAGGUGACUAUUCUUUUGUCGUGACCUUAUUUAGUAGUUUAGAGUUUCUCGAAGCCGUACCAUAGACGCGCGCGUUUGAAGUUUCCGUCAAUAAUCAUAAUUGUCUACGAAUUGGAACUUAUCUAUUAGUGGACGUUUCGUUUACGAUUCCGUAAUGUUACCAUAGAUGUUAAUUUGACAUACAUAUCUAUUUACCUAUUGUACAUUUUCUAUUCUAAGAAGAGUGAUCGGUUAAAGGGUGCAACUUAACUAUGAAAGUAUGAACUUAAAUCAUAUCUAAAUGUCUAACUAACCAUAUCUUUAGUAGUUUCGUCGUUUUUCAUUUCUUUUUUAGUCUGUGACAUUGUUGUAUUUGUUGCGCGCUGUAAAAUGUUCGGUGUUGCUAGUUGUGAAAUGUUUUUUCUUCUGAGGCAAGGGGUAUACCUCACAGUAUUACAAAAAAGUUUUUUUUUUUUUACUUAUUGGAAAACAAUAUUUACACUAAAAUUUUACUAAAAUAAAUGUUAACUAUUUUCGGUUCGUUACUUUACAUACCUAGUUUAAUAUAUUUUUUAUGGUCAUUAUAAAAAUACGAUAUCGUGUUUUCAAAUUUAUGGAUUAUGUUCUUGAUAUCAUAUUUCAUUUAGUAGGUAAUGAUAUUAUUUAUGCCAAUAACUUUAAACUUUUGAACGCCAAAACCAAACUUUGUGGGAGAAUUAUUCUACAAUAUUUCCUUAUUUACUUACUUAUUAAAUUACUUAUUAAACAAUAUUUACCUGGAAAAUUUUACAUGAUUACAGCAAAAGAGAGUGUGAAACAUUGCAAUUUUAAUGGUGGAUUAGCUUCGAGAGCCUUCUUUCCAUUAUGAAGACGAAUGAAGGAAAAAAUAUAAAGGAAAUUAGCAUUUGUUUUUCACUAUGAAAAUUUAGCUGAUUAAGUACUUUUUUCAAGAGAAACACUUCUUUUAAGUUAACGGACAAGUCCAUGAUAGGUACCUAUGCUUUGCUUAAAGCGAUUAGCGGGCAUUAGAUCUCUAUAAGCAAACGACACUUGCCUAACAUUACUAUAAAAAAAAAAGAUUUUUUUGAGUUAUUGGCAUUGAAUACUAAGAUAUUAUGCCUAAAACAUCUUUUUAUAUGGGCACAGACUACAAAUAUGAUUGCGUUUUUUGAUAGACAAAUGGCGUGGCGUUCAAAAUGGAAUGUUGAUGGUAGACCGUGGCUCAGAAUUAAUGAUAUUAAACAGCAAUCGAAGCAAGUACCAAGGGCGGAUCCAGGGGGGGGGGGGGGGGGGUCAUGGGAGUCAUGACCCCCCCCUGGGCUGGGUACAGAUAGACCAAACCCAGGGCGAUUUUAUUUAAGUACUAUCAAUAUUUAAUAUACCACGACUAUAUGACCCCCCCUGGCGCCAAAGCUGGCUAUAUGACCCCCCCUGGCGCCAAAGCUGGAUCCGCCUUUGGCAAGUACACACAUGUAUAGCGUUGUGCUGAUAUUGUAAUAUUGGUGCUAUUUUUGAGGAAAUUGUGUACGUUUUUUGUAAGAAUCGAUUGGUCAGGCAAUACAAUAAUUUGCAAUAAUAUUGAACCGCGUAUUCAUUAAUCUUUUUUGCACCAGUGAUUUGAAUAAUUAUAUACAUGUUAAGUAUGUGACCAAUAAAUUGGUUUUACAACGCAACAAUCACGAUAUUAUAUUUCGCUUUUAAUAAACACACCACCUGAUGAGUACCUACAUAAUAUUAUUACUUAUAUUUAUAUUGUUUGCUCAGUUCCAAAGCUAUGGGAACCAAAGACAAGAUUUCUCAACUUUCCAAUAUAAAAUGUUAUUUAAUUUAUUUUACAGAUACCAGUAUACAAAAUAUAUAUUUAUGUUACGAGUUCUUAUUAUAGAAAAGUUUAUGUAGUACCUACUUACUGAAAAACUAAGAGACUUUAUAAGUAUUUUUUUAUCUGUAGCACUAGAAGUACAAUUUUUAUCAUUUUAUUGUUUGUUCGAUACCAAUGCCUGUUCUUGGAUAGGAAAAAUGAACAUUUUUUCAAAAUAAUUUUAAUAUUUUCCUUCUUUCUAUAUAAAUAAUAUCCUAGAUAUGUAUCAUACGACAGUCAUUGUAAUAUAAUAUCAAAAAUAGUUGAAACGUUAUUAUAUACAAGGUAUCACAAUAUCGUAUCACACCAAUUUAUUUAUUGUUCAAAAUAACAUAAUGCAAUGCAUUUGAUGUAAUAAAUGAUAAUAUGAACCGAA